CUUCUAACCAUCUCCCAACGUUCGGCCAUGGAAGCUUCAAUCCGACCUCAUACACACCCCAUCCUCUCAUCUCAAAAUCCGUUAUCUUCCCAUCCAAACACCCAAAAAAUCAAACGCAGACUCCUCCAAAAGGGCGUAUUCCCCACCCCCAAAAUCAUCCACACCGUUCGGAAGAAGGAAACCCUAAAAUCAAUCCGUAGAUCGAAGCGCCUCGUCUCCGGUCAAGCCCCACUCUCCGAAUCCCAGAAGCGGACAUUGGAAGAGGAAUCCUACUUCCAGACGAUAUCCAAGGAGUAUCGGACGGUCAGGAAGGCGCUGGGGUCCAGACAGAGGGAUGGGGUUCCGACGGUCGGGAUGCCGUGGGAGGGGGUGAAGGGGGUGGAGUUGAGAGAGAUUGCAAGUGGGAAUGGGGAGUAUGGAGGGGAUAAGGUAAGGAGAGAGGGUUUGGUGGAGCUGAGAGAGAUGAUCCGAGAGCGGAAAUGGGAGGAUUUGAGGUGGGUUUUGGAGGUGGAUGGUGGUGAUUUGGAAGAGGGAGGUUUGCAGGGGGAGGUGGAGAGAGGAGAGGGUUUUCGGGCGAGAAAGGGAGGGAGGGAUGACGAUGAUGCAAUUAGAUUGCUUGUUGAGAGGCUUGGCACUUCCAACCUUAGCAUGCGGGACUGGAAAUUCUCUAGGUUGAUGAAUCAAUCAGGGAUACAGUUUACUGAAAGACAUUUGCUUAAAAUAGUUGGAGGACUUGGGACUCUUGGCCACUGGAGACACGCAUUAUCUGUUGUGGAAUGGGUGUACAAUGCCAAGGAUUAUAAGCAUUAUAAAAGCAGGUUUGUAUAUACAAAACUCUUAGCAGUUCUUGGGAAGGCAAGGAGGCCCGGCGAAGCUCUCUGCAUUUUCAAUACGAUGCGGGGAGACCGCCAGAUAUAUCCUGACAUGCCUGCUUACCAUAGUAUUGCUGUUACACUUGGUCAAGCUGGUCUUGUGAAAGAAUUGGUAGGCAUUAUUGAAUGCAUGAAGCAGAAACCGUCAAAGAAAAUUAAGAAUAUGUGUCGGAAAAACUGGGACCCAUGCUUGGAACCUGACUUGGUCGUAUUCAACGCCGUGCUGAAUGCUUGCGUGCCAUGCAAGCAGUGGAAGGGAGUCUCUUGGGUGCUGGAGCAGAUGAGGCAUAGUGGUCUGAAACCUAAUGGAGCAACUUAUGGACUUGCAAUGGAGGUCAUGCUGAGAUCAGGGAAGUACGAUCUUGUCCACAAGUUCUUUGGGAAGAUGAGAAGAAGUGGGUUAGCUCUGAAAGCCAUUACAUACAAAGUUCUUGUAAGAGCCUUCUGGGAAGAAGGCAAAGUCAAUGAGGCUGUUGAAGCAGUCAGGGAUAUGGAACAGAGAGGAGUAGUAGGAACAGCUAGUGUUUAUUAUGAAUUAGCAUGUUGCCUUUGCUACCAUGGGAGGUGGCAGGAAGCUAUUGUGCAGGUUGAGAAGCUGAAAAGUGUUCCUCAUACUAAACCAUUGGAGGUAGCAUUCACUGGCAUGAUUCAAUCUUGCAUGGAUGGCGGGCAUGUGAAUGAUUGCAUCUCUAUUUUUGAACACAUGAAAGAUCAUUGUACUCCUAACAUUGGAACCAUAAAUGCCAUGUUGAAAGUUUACAGCCACAAUGACAUGUUCACAAAAGCUAAAGAACUGUUUGAAGAGACCAAGAAAGCAAACUCUGGAUGUAUGACCUACCCUUGUGUUGGUACUUCCCUUACUCCUGAUGCAUAUUCUUACAGCUCAAUGCUCGAGGCAUCGGCUAGGGCCCACCAAUGGGAAUUCUUCGAGCAUGUAUACAAGGAGAUGGCUCUCUGUGGCUACCAGAUAGAUCAAAACAAGCAUGCCUGGGUACUCGUAGAUGCAUCCAAAGCUGGAAAGUGGCAUUUACUAGAGCAUGCGUUUGACGCAAUUUUGGAAGCAGGUGAAAUCCCUCAUCGAUCACUUUUCAUAGAAAUGAUAUGCCAGAACAUAGCUCAACACAACUAUGAAAGAGCGGUUACCCUCAUCAACGGCAUGGCUCAUACCUCACUGCAAGUCAGUGAAAAGCAAUGGACGGACAUUUUCAACAGAAGUCGAGACCGGAUCGGUGAAGACGACUUGCAGAAUCUCUUAAGCUUUAUUCGUGGUAGUGAUACCAUGACAGAAGCCAUUGCCUGUAACUUGUUAACAUCAUUGGAGUACCUUUGCAGAUCAAGAUCACUGAAAGAUUACGAGACUACGAGUGGAAAGAUGCUGCAUCUUUUGACUGAUGCAGUGGAUGGGAACCAUAUUUCUAAUGGGAAUCUAUCAGAUGAAGAUCAUGACCUUGAACCAAGCCCCUUCUUAGUUUAUCAUACCAAUGACAGCGAUGAUGAUGAUGAUAGCGACGGUGAUGAUUUGGGUUCUGACCCAGUAACUCAUGCCAGCAAUGAAAGCCAAACCUCUAGCCUAUCUGUUGAAUCUGGCAUACCAGCUGGUUAUGUUGAUGAUAGCAACUCAGAGCCCAUCCAUCAUGGCCAGUUGCAGAAUGACAUUAACAACACAACAGUCGACUUGCUAACUAGCCGCAGCAAUGAAUUGGAUAGUUCCGAGUUACCCUCAGCAUCUGAGAUAUUGGAAACAUGGAGAGAAAAGAGGAGGAAGGACGACGUCUUUCUCCUUGAACUAUGAUUGCAAAUAUUCAUCUCUUUAAGUUGAUAUCACAACGAGCUCAUUCUGCGCAGAUACUGGAAUCUGAUUUCAGCUUGGAUUGAUGGGAUCUGUCAAUUUGCUGCCUUUGAGAUGGCAUAGGGGAAAUACCCCCCACUUUUAUUUUUGGACACUCUUUUGUGGACUUCCAUAGCCAUCAAUCUGUAUAUUUCACCUUGUAAUUAUAAACAGAAUGUGGUAGAUGAUGAUCAUUCUCUUAUAAAUGUGCACUGUUCAUGGAUAUGGUUUGAA